UCGCUUCUCAGCACAACCUUUGCUAUAUCUCCCAUUUGCCUCAAACGAUAGCAUUCCUACACAAGGCAACUCCCCAAUCUGAUAUUCGGCUAGCCUGAACCAGCAUGGUGGUGUGUCGCUACUUCCAACAAGGCCGUUGUACCAAAGGCGACAUCUGUGGCUUCGAGCAUCCAUCAGAUGCGAAUCUAAGCACAAGACCAACUGUUCCUAGAUUCGAAGCUCCGCCUGCUUUCUUGCAAGGCUUUAAACCCCAGACGCCAUGCGUCUUCUUUCAGCGGGGCGCUUGCAAAUACGGAGCGACGUGCAAGAACGCCCAUGAGUUAGGUGCAACCGCAGCUCCUCCUCCCUCCACACGGGUCGACGCACGAUCGGAUACUCCUUGUACCUUCUUCUUGCGAAAUGCGUGUUCCAAAGGAGCGAGCUGUCCAUUCAGCCAUGCGUCUACUUUCCCAUGCUCGUUCAACACCACCCUAACUGAGAGUACAGUCUCUCAGCCAGCCAAUAAUAGCCAGACAACCAACAUACCCGAUUUUGGAAAGAAUGGCUCUGAACUUCAAGAUUUGUCUUCCAGGACUAUUGGAGGAGCUACGGUGACUUUCGCGAACGGUGCGAUUAUCAGCGAGAUCUCGUUGCCGUCGGAUUAUUCCACGUUCACAUUGACGAAUAUUGCCGCCAAUGCGAAGUCAGGGGAUAUUUGUGACGACCUCAAGCGCUGGGCAAAUUGUGAAUUAGUCCACAUUGGUUCCCUGAAGCUCGAUCCACAGACGUCAAAACAAUCGACCCAGGCAAAGAUUGCCGAUGGAGGUCGCGCAUCUAGAAUCGCGGCUGGUUCUAGCCGUGGCUCUAAGCUCGACGGAACUGAUAUCGAAAUUCGUACGGUCCAGCUGGGCGAGUCCCUUUCAGGUACCAACCGUCUUCAGCUCUCAGGUGUCACCUGCACAUGGCAUGAUCCUUCAACAACAGCUCAUCUAAAAUAUGGGAGUGAAAAGUUCGCUUCGAAAGCGCUUUCAAAUAUAAAUGUAGAUCGCCGUGCGAUUCGAGGACGCCGACCUACGGUUGAACUUGCUCAAAAUCCUCGAUGGAUCAAUGUUGGCAACCUCGAUGUUCGAACUAGUGUAGAUGACUUGGAACAACACUUCAACCGCUUCCCGACUCCUCUGGAGAUUGGAAUUGGCCAAAGAUCACAUGGAAUGUCGUCUGGUGUCAUUCAGCAGCGAGUCAAAUCAUCCCUUGAGAAGUGCGGUCAUGUUCUCGAAUGGUCCGUUACCCACCAACCUACAGGUGCUAAGGUCAAAGCCUAUGCGAAAUUCUCAACCGAAUAUGAAGCUGUUCAGGCGGUAAAACAGCUAGAUAGCUCCAGCAUCGACUCGAGAUCCAAUGACAGAUUGCAUGUCCAACACGUCAUCUCCGUCAAGCUGCCAGUGUCACUACGUGUGCUUGGUGCAGUCCAGUCUCAACUCAAUGCUCUAGCUGAAAGCGCACGAUCUACUCACUAUGUUUCAGUCAAAGCAUACGAUAACCCACUCAAGCUGUAUACACAAGUAAGGGUGACUGGGUCUGACAAAAUCACGGUCGCUCGAGUCAAGAUACAAGUUGAGGAGUUGUUGGCUGGUAACAUUGCCACCGACGGCACGCAACCUCUUACGAAUUCAUACUUCUUCCAUGCUUCAUCAACAGCAUUUCUCGACCAUGUCAUGGAAUUCCAUGGUGUACUUAUUGUUCGGGAUCGACGCAAGAUGGCUCUACGAGUGUAUGGUGAAGCGACUCAUGUCAGAGCUGCACAAGACGCACUUCGAGAAAAGGCCGCAGAGGUGAAAAGUGAAGUAAAGGAAGUCAUACUUGACCAAAAUACUCUUACUGCAGCUAUGACAGGCGGAAUUCAACGUAUCGUAACUGCGCUUGGUAAGAGCAAGGUGAAGCUCGAUAUCACGUCAAACCCCAAGCGGAUCCUUGUCACAGGUAGUGAUAGGGACGUUUCGAUAGUUCGCGAAAUCCUAGCCUAUCGCCAGUCCGACCUUUCUGGGGCCAUCACCGGCCUUUGUAUCAAUCAGGAGAACGAAUCACUAUGUGCAGUUUGCUGGACGCCUGCCGAAGAUCCGACUAAAACCACAUGCGGUCACACAUACUGCAGCUCUUGCAUCGAUGCGCAGGCAACAUGCACAUCAGACUUCCCGCUUCGUUGCUUGGGUGACUCCGGGAAAUGCAACAACCCACUAACUCUAGAAGAGCUCGAGCAAGUACUAGCUAGAGGCAGCUAUGAAGGGCUUCUCGAAGCUUCACUUACAAAGCACAUCCGGACACACCCAGAAGACUUUCAGUACUGCUCGACUCCCGACUGCGAUCGCUUCUACCGCACAUCCAAAGCAGAAGACGCCAUAGACUUCCACUGCGACCGCUGCCUCACAUCCAUCUGUACUAGCUGUCACAACGCUGCCCACGAUGGAGAAACGUGCCACGAAUCUAAAGCUGCCCGUAGUGGCGUUGAUGAAUUUGCCGAGUGGAAGAAACAGAACGAUGCGCGAGAUUGUCCCAAUUGCAGCACAACGAUCCAGAAGAGCGCGGGAUGUCAUCAUAUGACGUGUAGCUCAUGCCAGACUCAUAUCUGCUGGCACUGUAUGAAGAUGUUCAAGCAAGGCUCUGAGGUGUAUACGCACAUGAACAAGGAUCACGGACAGGAUUGGGGGCUGGGCUGGACGCCGCGCGAUUUUCAAUAGUCAGACCAGAAUGAUGAUAUUUUAGUGAUUGGUUUGCGGACUCGGAUGGUAGGGGUGUGGGGAAGCGUAUAUGGAGCAGUAGCAGGGGGCCGAGAGAAAAGGCCGAAGCUUCGGACUCUGUCAAUCACUAUACAAGAUGUAUUGAAGAUACGGGCAGUAAUCAAUAUUAGCACAGUGAACCUUGCUUAGAUAUAUUCAGACCAUCAUAUCGUUUGCAGUAAUACAUUCUAGGUACCAA